AUGAUGGAAGAGAGUGGAAUAGAGACGACACCACCUGGCACUCCUCCUCCUAAUCCUGCAGGACUGGCUCCUACGGCGAUGUCCUCUACACCAGUUCCAUUAGUUUCCACCAGUUCUUUCUCUUCUCCAAAUGUGUCCUCCAUACAGUCCUUGCCCCCCCAUGUGUACUCUACUCCUCAGCCAUCGCUUCCUCCUGCAACACCUUCAGCACCUUUACCAUUGGUGCCUCCUUCACCAGUUCCUUCAGUUCCACCUCAUGCUGCGUCUAUGCCACUUCCUGUUCCUCCAUCAACUACUGCUGUCUUCAGUAGUCCUUCUUUAUCCCACUUCCCAUCCACAACUUCUUCCUCAAGUGCUCCCUCUUCAAGUCCACCUACUUCAGGAUUUUCUGUUGGUUCUACUUAUGACAUUACAAGAGGCCACGCAGGAAGAGCACCCCAGACACCCCUGAUGCCAUCAUUUUCUGCACCUGCUGUAACAGGUGUUUUGCCAACUCCCAUUACUCAACAAGCUGGCUUGACACCUUUGGCCCAGGGACCUGGAACCACAUCAGCCAUUACUUUUCCAGAGGAACAGGAAGAUCCUAGAAUUGUUAGAGGUCAGGAUGAAGCAUCUACAGGUGGAAUCUGGGGUUUCAUUAAGGGUGUUGCUGGGAAUCCUAUGGUGAAAUCUGUGCUUGAUAAAACCAAACAUUCAGUAGAAAGCAUGAUCACAACGCUGGAUCCUGGCAUGGCUCCUUAUAUCAAAUCUGGAGGUGAACUGGAUAUUGUUGUGACCUCAAAUAAGGAGGUCAAAGUGGCUGCUGUUCGAGAUGCCUUCCAGGAGGUGUUUGGCUUAGCUGUGGUGGUUGGGGAAGCUGGACAGUCCAAUAUUGCCCCACAACCAGUGGGCUAUGCAGCUGGAUUAAAAGGAGCCCAGGAACGGAUAGACAGCUUACGUCGAGCUGGAGUGAUUCAUGAAAAGCAAACUGCUGUGUCUGUAGAAAACUUCCUUGCAGAAUUGCUACCUGACAAGUACGUUUACUUUGCUUUUUCUCUUUAUAUUUUUGCUCAAAAUCUGACUCCCCCGGACUACAAUUUAAGGUGGUCAGGCCUUUUGGUAACAGUGGGCGAAGUCCUUGAAAAGAGUUUACUAAAUGUCAGCCGGACUGAUUGGCACAUAGCCUUUACAGGCAUGUCUCGUCGGCAGAUGAUCUACAGUGCAGCCAAAGCAAUAGCAGGCAUGUAUAAGCAGCGCCUACCACCUAGGACCGUGUGA